AUGGCGGUGUCACACGCUGUGAACCAGAGCUGCCGUUGCCAGCUGAUGUCCUGCUCUCCCUACUGCAACUCCCACCAGCAGAAGCUCGUCAAAAAGCUGCAGGCUGAGAAAGCCUUUCAGGAGGAGAUUCAGAGUUUUCAGGAGACAAUGAAGAGCUUUCGGGAGAAGAUCAAGGGCUUUCAGGAAAAAAUCAGAGAUUUCAAGAUGGCCAUCCAUGCUUCCUGUGAAGAGGAAAAGCCCAUCUGGGAGGAGGAAGCUGCCUUUUGGGAGGAAGAAAAGGCUAUUCAGGAGGAAGCAGAAGCCUUCUGGAGGGUGUAUUGUGACUUCUGGAAGGACUAUAAUCCUUCUUUCUGGAAGAAGGAUAAGGAUUUCUGGAAAGGAGAUGAGCUCCUCUGGGAGAAAGACAGGGUCCUUCUGGAUGAGGACAGAGUCCUAUGGGUAGAUGAAGAGCUCUGGGCUGAUGAAACAGCUCUCCUUGAAGAGGAGAGAGCUCUCUGGGAAGAUGAGGAGGCCCUCCAGGAAGGUGAAAAAAACCUCAAGGAGUAUGAAAGGUUGACCUGGGAAGAGGCCUUUGGUCCUGAGAGAGAGGCUAUCUCUCAGGGAUGCCACUGUCCACAGGGGAAAAGCAUGAAUUGUUCUGCUAGGCUCAGAAACAUGUGGAAAGCCACGUACACUGAUGUGGAUACUUUAUUUAAGCAGUGCUGCGCUUCAGCCAGUUCUCUGAAAUAA